ACUGCUUCCGGGUUGGGAGGCGUGCUCCGCGUCGCGCGGGCCUUUCCAGAGGACAGCGGGGCUGAGAGGGGAGUGAAAGAUGGCAGCACGCCGUGUGUUAAAGGCUGUUUUGGUAGAUCUCAGCGGCACACUUCACAUUGAAGAUACAGCUGUGCCAGGCGCACAGGAAGCUCUUAAAAGGUUGCGUGCUGCUUCCGUGAUGGUUCGGUUUGUGACCAACACAACCAAAGAGAGCAAGAAAGACCUGCUGGAAAGACUGAAAAAACUGGAGUUUGAUAUUUCUGAAGAUGAAAUAUUUACUUCCCUCACGGCAGCCCGAAAUUUAAUAGAGCAGAAGCAAGUCAGGCCCAUGCUACUGGUUGAUGACCGCGCACUGCCUGACUUCACAGGAAUUCAAACCCAGGACCCCAACGCUGUGGUCAUUGGACUGGCACCAGAACAUUUUCACUACCAGCUUCUGAACCAAGCAUUCCGGCUGCUCCUGGAAGGAGCCCCUCUGAUAGCUAUCCACAAGGCCAGGUACUACAAGAGAAAAGACGGCUUAGCGCUGGGACCAGGACCAUUUGUGACUGCCUUAGAGUAUGCCACAGACAUGAAAGCCACAGUAGUGGGAAAACCAGAGAAGACAUUCUUUCUGGAAGCAUUGAGGGACACUAACUGUGUACCAGAGGAGGCCAUCAUGAUAGGAGAUGACUGCCGGGACGAUGUUGAUGGGGCUCAGAGCAUUGGCAUGCUGGGCAUCUUAGUUAAAACUGGGAAAUACAAAGCAGCAGAUGAAGAAAAAAUUAACCCACCUCCUUACUUAACGUGCGAGAGCUUCCCUCAAGCUGUGGACCACAUCCUGCAGCAUCUCCUGUGAGCGCAUGCGGUGUGGACUGGGUGGACCCCUUUCCAACAAGGUGGCAUCAGGAGGCUGCGCCACCCAGUACUGAUCCUGUUUAAGCCUUUCAUUGUGCAUUAACUAGAAAGAGGGUAUGGAAUUGCAGCCCGCCCCAAACCUUGCUCGUCUCUGUUUUAUAAAGAAGAUGAGACGUGAAGAAGGGAGAGGUGAGAUUUUGUGCCAUUCCUGUUAAAAUAUUCAUCAGGUUCACUGGGCCGGAGGAGACCCUCCAGCAGCAGCUCUCUGUUUUUCUGUGGUGGAGAUGAAGGGACCCUCUGUGAGUGUGACUGACCCACACAGAGAUGCACUGCAAGGUGCCAGAGGUCAGCCGUGAAGCCCGGAAGACAAGCCCCAGAGAAGGAAGGCGGCAGCCAUAUGACGAGUCCUUGAGCUGAGAUCCAGCGAAGUUGCUCUAACAGAUGUGCAAAGCCAGAUCUUCCACUGUAUUCCCAGCACAGAUGAGGUUUUUUUCUCUUCAUUAGCCAGAGAUGACUAAUUUAAAUUUAGAACCCGAAUUUAAUUUAAAAUAAUAUUUCCAUUAAUAACCUAUUCAUUGCAGAUACCUAUUAUACUGUGUAACAGUUGUUUUGGAAAUUUUAUGUAAAAUUAAAACUAUCAGUAUUUUACAGAUGUUUUAAUUAGACAUUGUUAUUAACAGGAACAGUGCAGAAACCAAAAUCAAGCCUUUAAUGUCUUAUAGACCGUGCAUUUUUGGAGUUAGUGUCCACUAGGGACCUAUUAACUGUACAUUUGCAAGAUUUCAUUAUUUUUGCCUCUGACACUAUGGGAGAAAUCUUUUAGGAACUAUUGGGACAGAUUCAAGCUUUUAUGCACUUCUUACUACAGUUGUAAAAUGAGAUCUUGUCUCGGUGCCUGGGUUCCUCGUCUCGUGUUAAACCCACCCAGAUGAAGGAGAUUAAGUAGGUAAUGAUUUUCCUGGUGCAUUUGCAUGCCGUGCUAAUCCAAGGCCGUGGCAAUUGUUUUACAGGGCUCUUGGGCACUGAAUUAUUAGGAUGUAAUUGUGCCUCAUCACAGUGCUCACCUUAUUGAAGCACACACUAAUGUUAAUGAGCUUCAGGCUUUGAUGCUUGUUUAGAGAUCAGCUCUGCCUUAGAUGGAAGGAAACACAGCUGAAGAAAUGGUGUUUUGGUGAGUGCUCUGUGCCCCACUUUGCACUUCCACACUGGCAAGUGCAGACAACAGUGUGAUCUUGUAAUGUUGUACAACAACCUGACUCUAAUGUUGGCACGGCCGAGGGCAGAGCAUCAGGGCAGCGUGAGCUCAAGCCCGCAGACUGAGCAAGUGAGUCACCACGCCCCUUUCUACACAGUCUUGCUGAGCAUGGAAUGUAGGAGCCCAGGCUAAAUACUUAGAAACCCUGAAAGGGGCAGGCUUGUGCGGACUGACCUUGAAGAGCUGCAUUUGGAUAAAAGCUCAGGCGGAAGGAAAGCACACUGCUCUGGAUCCCGGGGGAGGCGGCAGUCUGGGAUUUGGGUGCCAGGGCCAGUUGUUAGGAAUUACCAGAUACUCUAAAGCCGCUGUGUGCUAACUGCUGGGCUGGCCCUGCCCAUCGAGGGAGGCUUCUGCCUCAGCAUUCUCUAGUUGAGGAGCUAAGGACACAGUUCUAAAGGUCACUAGGAAGGCUGGAGUCUGUGUCCUCUCUGCUAACUUCCUCACCUCAGGAUGGAAUGAGGCGUCAUGGUUUCCUGCCCAGAUGGUACUAGUAACAGUGCCCUCAAGAGGUCCCCAUCUCGUCACUGGACAAGACUAAGUCUCAUUCUUUUUAUGUCUGCUGCCACACAGGCAGCUGAAGCAAUGGAAAUGAACCAACUAUCACCGGAAGUCAAUGCUAGGAGGCAUACGUAUGGAUGGAGAGGAAACAUUUCAACUUCAGUGUUCUGUCACACAUGCCUAAAGCAAAGGCCGUUUAGAUGUGAGCCAACAGUAAAGCUGAUGCUCUGGAAGCAGGACAGAGCUAGAGCGAGGAAAGCUGGUGAUGUCCAGGUAUCAGGCGCACAGGAUGGAAGACCUCACCCAGGCUCCAGCCUGGACGAGCAGCCCUCCGGCUCCAGUGUCCCUCAGAACCAUGGCAAUCUUAGUUCGAGGUAUUUCUCUAACAUUUAGCAUACAUUAGGGCUUGUUAUCUGGCCUGUCCACAGAGAGGUCCAGGAGGGUAUCUCAGAAUCAGAAGCACUCCAGUCACCGUCUCAGCUGACCUUGCUCAUCCUGACCUCCUGGAGGAAAUGUAAUCCAGGUGUCUAGGGAGCUUCCUUUGCCAGCUGUCUUAGUUUCUUUUCUUGUUGCUGUGAUAAAGUGCCUUGAUAAAAGAAACUUGAGGGAGAGAUUUAACUUCUAGUUCACAGUACAAGUCCUGGUGGGGAAUUAAGUCGGCAGGUGCAUGAACUUGCUGUCCGGGGCACACCCCACUCAGGAAUGCACCAUUCCCAUUGCCCAGGCCUUCCUCCAUUUUCUGCAGUCAGGAUCUCCACCAGGAAGUGGCUCCACCUAGAUCACACAGUUGUCACCACCUCAGCCACAUCUAAAGAAUCCCCCAUAAGGAGCCUAGAGUGAUUCUACAUUAUAACCAUGGCACAGGCCUCCCCACAAUUAAAGGGUUGUCUUGAUAUGAAAGGCUUGAUAUCCACAUCGGCCUCACAAUGAUCUGCUCCUGGGCAGAAAAGGCACUAAAUACUUUGGGAGUAGGAAGGCCAGUGGGUGCAAUGGGAAAUGAUGGGAAUCAGGAGCAGUGAACACUGGGAGGAUAUAGAGCCAAGCCAUUGGUGGCCAGAUGUGUCUCCAUCACACCACACACAGCUGCAGGUAGGUGCAGCUCUACCUGCCUGCCACACCACAUCUGUCACAGCCUAUCAUAAUGACAAGGCAUAGACAAGGGACCACCUCACUAUGAUGGCUCCACAAAUGUCCCCAGGUGUGGUGUCAGAUACCACCUUGGAAUGAUGGCACUGUCAUUUCACCCUUAAUCCACACUUUAAAACUCCAUUAUCCUGUAGGGUGGGGAAGGUGGAAAUAUCUCUGUAUUUAUUAUGUUCAGUUAGCUUUGGAUCAAUGCAUCCAGUAACAUGAAAUUAAAGUCCUUAGGCACCUGCAAUAAAAGAUUUUUAAAACUGCA